CCCGAGAGCAGCCAUUAUCUAACCAUUAGCUGUCAUUGUUCGUACAGUAUUAAGUACAUAUUUGCGAAUAACGGCAAACGCUGAAACAUCCAGUACACAGGAACUUGUUUGUUUUUUCCGACCGGAAGCAAUGAAAGAUCCCAGCCGCAGCAACACCUCAGGGCACAUCAGCCAUGAUAUCAUCGUCAGCAGCCAAAUCAGCAACGAUGACAACCCUUUUGCCGAGUAUAUGUGGAUGGAGAAUGAGGAGGAAUUCAACAGACAGGUAGAAGAGGAGCUUUGGGAAGAAGACUUCAUUGAGCGAUGUUUCCAAGAGAUGUUGCUGGAAGAGGAGGAGCAUGAAUGGUUCAUACCAGCCAGGGACCUUCCUCAGACCAUUAAUCAGCUACAAGACCAGCUCAGUGUGCUGGUUAUUGGGGAUGGGGAUAUUGCUGAAGACCUAGUGGUCAACAGCAACUUGAACCCCAAUGCGAAAGAGUUCGUACCUGGAAUGAAAUAUUAAAUGUUGGUCUGUUGAAUGUAGCACAUAUCCACACUGUGAAGCCAGUGCUGUAGGAUUUGAUGUGGGAUCUUAUUGUCACUCUUUGCACUUAAUGCAUCGCCAAAGUUUUCAGCCUCUUUUGCAUGUCUGUUCAGGGUGUGGAUUAUGCUCUCUAUACAAUGCUUUUAUUUUCUCCAAUCCUUUGGGUGUGAAAUUAGAGAAAGAGAACAGCUUCUACUGUUUGUUUUAAUGUUGAAUUUCUGCACACGUUUUUUUUUUUCCUUAGCACAACAAUUAAUGCUAUAUUUUUUUUGUUUGAAAUGGCAGAUGUACCCUUGGGAUCAGUAGAGCAGUUUAAGUCAUUUUUAAUUCAUCUCUAAUAUACUAUCGUUUGUAGUAGGUGAAAAAAAACGUCCAUGCAAAUACUUAUUUGGUCAGAUAGCGAGAACUGUCUGCCGUAUGUCUUCAUUUCCAAAGUGCAUCUCGACGUCUCUUUGCGACGCUGACCACAAAUAAGAUGUACAACAUUCAGAAAUUGUUUUAAUUUCUCGGUUUGGAUCACAGUGUUUGACUGAUGUCUCUCGAUUUUUUUUUUUGUUUUGUUGUUGUUGUUGUUGCUUUGUGUUGACAUAUUUUUCCCGAUUUCUGAUUCCUUACAGUAUCAUUAAUAGUUGAGCGGAAUGGCGUAUUUUACGUAGCGUUUCAUUGCUUUUUUUUUUCUCUCAGUUGGUGUUGAUCUCCUCUACCUGAACAACUUUUAUGCUGUUUAGUCUCAAAAUGUUGAAAAUGAACAAAAAAAACUGUAAACUAUGUAUAUAUUUUUCAAUUAUGUAUAAAGAAAUAAAUGUU